UUGGUUGUCUCUGCAACUAAACCCUUUUCGCCGGAAGAGAGCAGCAGCCAUGGUUAAGUUCCUGAAGCAGAACAAAGCUGUGAUCCUCCUCCAAGGCCGUUACGCCGGCAAGAAGGCAGUGAUCAUCCGCUCCUUCGACGACGGAAACCGUGAGCGUCCUUACGGACACUGCCUCGUCGCGGGACUGAAGAAGUAUCCGAGCAAGGUCAUCCGCAAGGACUCAGCCAAGAAGACGGCGAAGAAAUCUCGAGUCAAGUGCUUCAUAAAGGUCGUGAACUACCAGCAUCUGAUGCCUACUCGUUACACAUUGGACGUGGAUCUGAAGGAGGUUGCGACUGUGGAAGCUCUGGCUUCGAAGGACAAGAAGGUGGCGGCUCUCAAGGAGGCUAAGGCUAAGCUCGAGGAGAGGUUCAAGACUGGAAAAAACAGGUGGUUCUUUACCAAGCUUAGGUUCUGAGAUCUUUUUGUAAUGGAAUUUACAAUAUGCUUAUGUAAUUUCGAGAAUGAAUGUGGAACCAUGUUUUGGAUUGGUUUAAGACCGUUUGGUUUGCAGUUUAAUUCUUAGAGGUUUUUUCAUUUUUAGUUAUGAUCAUUUUUGCUAUAUUGGUGCGUUUAUUAGUAUAUUGUCACUGGUUUGAUCAAA